CACUGUGUCCUGUGGUGUGGUUCACUUUACCUUUGAAACUGCUUCAUUUUUGAGCUUAUGCCCUGAAAUGAGCUGGAAAAAUGGUCGGACGGCGUGGAUAAAACAAAUACAUCAUCGUGGGGGCCACAUAACUUUGACACCAGCUAGUGACUGGUGUUGGGGUCACAAGCCAAACCGCGUCCAUAAAAAUGAUAAAACCCACAUUUCCCACUUGAAUGAUCCUAAUAUGUCCGUUGAUUAGGUGGGCCACACACGAACAAAGAUAUAGACACCUGGAGGAACAAGAUGAACGGUCUAGAUUCAAGACGCAUGGGUUGGCUAAUCAAGAUUAGGACUUGAAUCUGAGCCCAGCCAAAAUAAAAAAUUCAUAAGCCACCGCAGAAGCCCUAGUGCCGAUGAUCCCCCAGUUUCAUGUCCACCAGAUGAACGUUCCAGAUCACCAAUGCUGUACUUAUUCCCGGCUCGAGUACCUAUAAUGCCUCCUCGACAUGCUCGCCGCGGGUAGUGUGACCCACAACAAUGCUAUUUCCCGCAAUUCCUUCGGACCCGUUUCUAUGGCUUCUCCUCCUCUCACCCAACUUCCUUUGCCUGCAAAACACACCUCACUGCCCAGUAACAAAAACCGCCUUUCCUUGAAUAGGGCUCACCACCCGUUCGAUGAAAUUCCCCAAAGAGACGUCGUCUCAUGGACGUCCUCCAUUGCUCGCCACUGCCGCAGCGGCCGUUUCUCAGAAGCCGCCUCAGCACUGACCCAUAUGCGACUCGCCCACGUCGAGCCCAACUAUAUAACGUUCGUAAUUAUACUCUCUGCUUGCGGCGAUUUCCCCUCCGAAGCUUCCCGUUUCGGCUGUUCGAUUCAUGGGUAUAUUCGGAAACUGGGCAUCGACCAUGACAACGUUGUGUUGGGGACGGCCCUCGUCGGUAUGUAUGCGAAAUCCGCUCGUCUCGAUUCCGCCCGCCAAGCUUUCGACGAAAUGAAUGUAAAGAAUUCGGUUUCCUGGAACACAAUGAUCGAUGGGUACAUGAGGAACGGCGAAGUGGAGGCCGCUAUUUCUUUAUUUGAUUCGAUGCCGAAGAGAGAUAAGGUGUCUUGGACCGCGUUGAUCAGUGGGUUUGUCAAGAACGGCCAUUUCGAAGAAGCGUUAGAGUGUUUCCGAGAAAUGCAACUUGCAGACGUUGACGCUGACUAUGUGACCGUUGUAGCCGUCCUUAACGCGUGCACGAAUUUGGGUGCACUUGGGCAAGGCUUGUGGACGCACCGGUAUGUGCAGCAACGAGAUUUCAGUGAGAACAUGCGGCUUAGCAAUUCUCUGAUCGACAUGUAUGCACGCUGUGGGUGUAUCAAUUUUGCUCGCCAGGUGUUCAAUAAAAUGCCAAAGCGAAGCUUAGUCUCUUGGAAUUCAAUAAUUGUCGGCUUCGCCAUUAACGGACAUGCUGAGGAUGCUCUCGAACACUUCUCUCUAAUGCAAAAGGCGGGAUUCAAGCCAGAUGGCGUGAGCUUCACAGGAGCACUCACUGCCUGUAGCCAUGCUGGCCUAAUCAACGAGGGGCUUCAGUACUAUGACAAGAUGAGGAGGGUCUACAGCAUUUCAUCAAGAAUCGAGCAUUAUGGAUGCAUGGUGGACCUUCUUAGCCGGGCCGGGCGCUUGGAGGACGCACUGCGAGUGAUCGAGAGCAUGCCCAUGAAGCCGAAUGAAGUAGUGGUGGGAUCCUUGUUGGCGGCUUGCAGAACCCAUGGAGAUGUUGGUUUGGCUGAGAGGUUGAUGGAUUAUCUCGUCCACUUGGAGCCUGAUUGCGAUUCAAAUUACGUGCUGCUCUCGAACAUUUACGCCGCAGUUGGAAGGUGGGAUGGGGUAAGCAAGGUGAGGAACACCAUGAAGGACCGUGGGAUAAGUAAGAAGCCUGGUUUUAGUGCCGUUGAGAUUGAUUGCAGCAGCCAUGAAUUUGUGGCCGGUGACAAAUCACAUCAACAAUCUGAAGAUAUCUAUGCUCUACUUGAUCAGCUUUCUCAUGAGCUAAAGUUAUAUGGAUAUGUUCCUGAAAGUAUUGUAGGAGCUCCAGCUGUCUAUGAUUGAAGCCGAAAAUGUGUUACUAUCACAAAGAAAAGACUCUUUUAUUUAUUUAUAUGUAAUCUGUGCGUGUGAUGAAACAACAAAUGGAGCUUUUUCAUUGCA